CGAAGUUAUAAAACGCGUAGCGUAGCGCGCCCGAAACGUCAGCCUGCGUCAGCUCGCGGUGUGCCGUGCCGCUGCAUGUGCCUUUCUAUUUUAUAAUCGUCCCGAUUUUUUCAUUUAGUUUUUCCAUCCGAAACAAACGUCGCACAGUGAAAAUGUUACUGAAACUGGUGUCGAUUUUCCUCUGGACGAUGGCCGCCAGCGCCAUCAAAGGACAUCAAGACUGGGAAAUAGCAGUAGUAAUCAACGACCAAAUCGAGCUCCUCCAAUCCAACGGCAUGCUGAUCGGGUCCACCAUGCAACAGUUCACCAAGCUGAAGGCGCUGACCUUCGACAACGUCCGUCACCAGUUCGUGGUCAGCGACAUGGACCAUGACAACGACACCAUCUUCACGGUCCAGCUGACCAAGGAGACCGAAAUCACGCCCAUAGUGCCCGAUCUACCGGACGAUGUCCAGGGUUUGGCAAUUGAUCCCAUCGAGGAUAUUCUGUACUGGACCGACUCGGUAAAUAAUACAAUUAAUUAUAUUAAACUAAACGACUCGGAUUCUGAACCACAGCUACUUUUCGCUUUCAGUAAUGUCAUUCCGCAAGACGUCGUUAUAGACGUGUGUCGCAGGUACAUCUACUGGACCAACUGUUACGUCAACGAACCCACCAUAGAACGUUCCUUCCUCAACGGUUCCAACAGGGAGGUUGUGGUCAGUUCCGAUCUAAAGUCGCCGGCGGGUAUAGCCAUAGAUUACAAACGUCAGCGUUUGUAUUGGGCCGAUAUGCGCGAGGGGAUCUACUACAGGAUCGACAGUUCAAACUUGAACGGGGGCGAUAGGGAGAUAGUGUACGAGGGGAGUCAUAACAAACCAUUCGGGAUUGCCGUGGAUGAGACGUCUAUAUACUGGACGGAUAUCAAUAAUAACGCGUUAUGGAGGUACUACAAGAGCGACCGUGGCUCGCCACCGCAAAAAAUCCGAGAAUUCAAAGAGCGACCUCUAGGCUUAGUCGCCAAAAAUGUCCAGAUUCGGAACUAUCCAGACUGCAAAGAAUUAGAAGUAGCCAUCGAAAAAUACGGUGACAGAGAAGAGUCAUUCGACAGUUACAAAGAAGCUGCUAUUGAUUCCACGGAGGUCACCGAGUGUCUCAAUGGUGGUGAACAAAUCAACAAUUAUUGUAAGUGUAGAAGAGGAUACACUGGGCGAAACUGUGAAAUUGAUAACUGCCAUAACUUCUGCAUACACGGUACAUGUCACUUGUCAACGCAAGGUUACCCCAUGUGUUACUGUCCAAAGGGAUUUGGCGGUACGCGCUGCGAAUUGGAUAUGUGUAAAAGUUUCUGUUUGAACGAUGGCGAAUGUAGUUACUCCAAGGGUGACUUGAUACCAAGCUGUCGAUGUUCCGAACAUUAUACCGGGAGUAGGUGUGAAAUUAGUACAGAAUUUAGCAACUUAUGCUUGAUGUACUGUAGGGAGAACACUAGCGAAAAUGAUUAUUUAAUUUCGAAAAAUCGGGACUUAAUAUGCAGGUGUACAAAUCAAGAUUACGUCAUCUCCAAGAACAACCUAACGGCCUCUGCUCUUCUCUCCAAAUCCAACGAACCUCCUGAGGCCAACUUCAUCACCAAAUUAGUUUCGGACAGCGACUACAGCGUGCUGGCCGCGCUGCUGUUGAUGUCCGUGCUGGUCAUCAUCUUCCUGACGGGUUACAUCCUGGCUCGGCGCAGGCGCAGGAAGGACCCUGCCCCGUCCAGGCGCAUCAUCGUCCGGCCCAACGUAACGCCUCUGACUUACAGGCCACAGCCAACAAAUGAUCACUGCGAGAUUACCAUCGAGAAUUGCUGUAACAUGAACGUCUGCGAAACGCCAUGCUACGAGCCUUCCAGUCUGAGGAACAAGAACAAGGAAGACCAAAAGACGCUCCUUACCAAUAUGGAAAAUGGCGAGGACGCGUACUAAACAAACAUCCUCUUCGGUGAAGAGUAGGCUGUGAAAUUUAAAGUAUUACCCGAUCGUCGUUCAUUUUUUACAGGGUAUAUGAGCGUGCGCAGUGGGCCAGGACAUUUGUUAAGUUUUCUUUUACUGAUAGAUACUACUAAAAACCAAAUAAAAUAGGCAGCUGAUAAAAAAGUUAUAUAUUCAAAGGCGAAUCUGCCGGUAAAUGCCAAAUAUGCCAACAUUCCCUAUGGAAUUUUUACGUUUUUGAAAUUGUUCAAAUUUCAAAGUGGUUCAAAUUCCUUCCAAUUGAGUGAAAUUGACGUCAUAGCAAGCGUAUAGAAGUAUAAUUUCAGUGUGAGCUUUACUAUGUAUUACUAAAAUUCUUGACAGCGAUAGCUACAAUUAGAUUAUUUGGUGUUUUUUUCUUAAAACUCAAAACUGGGACAUAUAAAUUUAAAUAUGUAAUUAUUAAACUACUUAAUUUUUAUUCAUUAUUUUCCAUUUUCAUGUUGUAGUUUUAAUGUUUAACACUAAAUAAAAUUUAAAUCAUCUGUCUAGAAUAUGGUACAUAGUAAUUCAGCAGGCAAAUAUGUAUAUCUACGCGUACUGUGACGUACUUGUUUUGUCAUUGAACUAAAAGUUUUCAACUUUAAAUGACUUAUUCUCAAUAUAUUGUGUUUUCUUUGGUAACUUUUAUUAUGUCUAUAAACACCGUAUGAUUGAAAAAAACGGCGUCAAGUUGGCUUCAAGAUGACCAUCGAUGACAUUUACAUAUAACUUUACAUAUAAAAUGACAGCGAUCUUCAUUUCUGCGCCAACUCCGACGCCGUUUAUUUUGCGAUCGUAUGGUCCUUCAAAAAACCUUUUAAUGUCUCUCAAAAAAAUAUUAAGAAUGGCAUCUGUCAUUGCUAAAAUUGCUUAAUUAUUUUUUAUGUAUUUCAAAGAUAACAAGAUUUUUUUCUAUUGAAUCAAUAGAUGUUCAUCAAAAUGGAUGCGUGUUAUUAUAUCUUUCAUUUUUGAAAUGUUUAUUUUUAGCAAAUUUUUAUGCAAUAAGAUUCAACGGAAAAUGUUUUGUCAAGUUUAAAAUGUUAUAUUUUUUUUAUUUUUUUUUCUGAUCGAAAAAUAAUGUUUUAGGAAACAACUCCUCAAUUAACCCUGUAUAAUAAGCCAAAUACUAAAGUUUAUAAAAAACAGAGUUUAUGAAUUAAAGUUAAUACAUUUAUAUGCAGUUUAAAUAAUAAUAUACUAAAAAAUUCAUGAAAAUAGGGCUAAAAGUAAAAAAAUAUAACAUAUUAAACCUGACGAAAAAAUUUUCCGUUGCGUUUUUUUUGUAUCUUAGUGUAGGUAGAUGUUUGAACCACUUUAAAAUUUUUUGAUUCUUUUAUUCGUGGACCAUCUUAAAUGGUUCCUUAUUGAACCCCAUGAGACUUAAAUAAAAAGGGGUACACACUACUUAAGCUCUUAUUUAUUUUAAUUUCAAAGUUUUAAUUCAAUAACUUAAAACGAUUUUCUUUUCAUACAAAAGGAAAUUAUAUAUUUUAUAUAAAUAUAACCAGUUUUAUGGUUAAACAGAUAUCCUAUAAAUUGCCAGCAUCAUGUACAAUAAAUUUUACCUUCAAAUGAUCUUCUUUUCUACUAUUUGUGAUUAAGUGUGCUUAAAAUAACUUAAUACUUAAUUCUCUUACUUAUUUGUUACUAUUUAUAGAAGGAAGUACUUAUAGCUAACCUUAUAAGUUAGUAGAAACUACUAACGUACAAAUUAUAAAAGACAUUUUGUUUGAUAUUGUUAAUUUAUUACCUAUUUAAUUGAUAAUAAGCUGGUGUAGUUCUCGAACAAUCUGCAAUACUAAAUGAAUGAGAGGAAAAACAUUAGUGAAAUUUAGAUUUUAGUUAGGCUAGAAUAGUUAUUUAAAUUUGUGGCUUUUAAUAUCCACGUGAGAAAUGUGAUAUUAGGAGACAAUUUAAGAAUUAUUAUGAAUACUUUUGUAAAUUGAAUAAUAAAAUUGAUCAUAAAAAA